AAAACAUGAUCCGAUAUACUGGGAGCCCAGACAGCUUGCGUUCCCGGACGCCCAUGAUCACGCCAGACCUGGAAAGUGGGGUCAAGAUGUGGCAUUUGGUGAAGAACCACGAACAUGGUGAUCAGAAAGAAGGGGACCGAGGGAGCAAGAUGGUAUCUGAAAUCUACCUGACAAGGCUGCUAGCCACCAAGGGCACUUUACAGAAGUUUGUGGACGACCUCUUUGAGACAAUCUUCAGCACGGCCCAUCGAGGCAGCGCGCUACCCCUGGCCAUCAAGUACAUGUUUGACUUCCUGGAUGAGCAGGCAGAUAAGCACAACAUCCACGAUCCUCACGUGCGGCACACCUGGAAGAGCAAUUG